CCGCUGGCCAGUCAAACUUUCACGCUCGGUGAUAUCCAAGCUUCGUGCGUCGAAACGCGUCGAGUCUCAAGGUCUGCGAAAAUCGAUCGACCGAUUUUUUUCGCUCGAGCCCCUGCACCUGGGCCUAUUAACCUCGUUUUCGCUAAAUCGAAAUUUAACGGAAGAUAAAAGCGAGAUAAAUUUUCGAAAUACGAAAGCAGUGAAUGUGAUUCGAUCGACUCGCUAAACAAUAGGAAUCUUCGCUAUAGAGCGACGUUGAAAAAUCUGUCAACUUCGUUUUCGCUGAAUCGAAAUUCAGCUGAGUUCGUACAAUACGAACAUCGCGAACGACAACAUCGACCUACGUAUUUACGUACGAAACAUUGAGAGUUUUUAACCAAACGCAAACUAAAAGGUGUUUCCUUUUUAUUAUAAUAAAUCUCCUUUUUAUUAUAAUAAAUUUCUGAUCGAAUCGAUAUGUCAAAGGAUAGGGAAUCUUCGCUGUAAAGUGACACUAAAAGGCGUAGGUAUCGGGUUAUAGCGAGGAGAAUCGUGAGCGAGGAUAUCCGAAUGGAAUUAAUGGAAAAGUUGCAUAGUGAAACUGACUCGGCGAAACAUUGAUUAAAAAGAGCGAUUUCAAUUCGGCAGAAGAAACUUCUUUCGUAGAAAUGGUAAGGAAAACGUGGAGGAACGAGCGCACGAGAAAGGAAGGAAACGCUGGCCGCGCGUAAAUCGCAAGAAACAAGUCGAGGACCAGCGGCACGAGUUCCAGAGCUCUAAGCCGGAAUAAAGAAUCACGGAAACGAACGUGAUCGGUCAUGCUCGACGACUUCGUGUAAAAAUGACGAGGAAAUAGCCGUCUCGAGGUUUCAUGGACGGGUUUGUCCGAAGAAAAGCCGUCUCCUCUCCCGUCUACUCGUCUCUCACAGGACUAUCGUCCAUCGUACGAUCGAUGGCCGUCUCUUUUUUCUCUCGUCAACCUAUCAUUACAAUGAUAAUGGAGUUGUUUUCCCAAUCCUUCGGGCUUUGACGGGCCAGCGUAUAUAGACGCGGUUCCACCGACGAAAACCAGACGUUUGUGUCACCCGAGCAACAUCGUAAUACGCUACUUGGAAACAGGAGUUGGAAGAAUUUACGAAAUUCAGUGGAAGAAAAGAUAGAAAUAUACGUCGGGAGUAAUAUAAAGCAGAGAACGUUGGAACGUCGAGGUUACAAGUGAGAAACUGUCAUAGAAGCUCAGACAGAACUUGGAGGAAUUUAUCAAACUACACGAAAGAGGAGAUAGAGACGUACAGCUGAAGUAACGCGAAGCAGAGGACGUUGGAAUGUUAAGAUUACGAACGAGCAGCUUUCAUAUAAGAAGCUUAGGCAACACUUUGGAGAACUUAAGAAAUUAGAUUCAAGAGAACAAGGCAUAUGAAGAAGAUACUUGAAUGCUAAGAUCGCGAGUGAGAAACUUUCUGCUCGAAUAAGAGAUAAAGUAACAUCGAGUGGAAAAUAGGAAUCAACGUAGACGCGAACGAGGAAUGUUCACAGAAGAAAGUUGCAACGUUUAAGGGUGCUGCUUCGACGAUGAUAUAGUUUCCGAUGUCAAAAGCUUCUUCUUCCAGUGUAAACUUCAUCGGAUCGACGUAGGACACACUGGUUGAGGUGUUGCGGAGGACCAAAAGAGCCGAAACGCGAAAAGAAGGAAAUCAACGGUGAAAACUUAAAGAUGUCCAAUUCGAUGGCUCCAGCAAUAAUUUUCUUCGUUAUCUCGUUAGUCUGUAAUUCCACGAUGGGUUACAAUAUCCUGCUGGCCACUAUGGGUGGCACGAAGUCGCACACCGUGCCAUUUGUGGCACUGGGUAGCAGUUUGAAGGCACGUGGACACAACGUGACCCUAUUGAGCGCGUUUCCGGGACCAGCUGCGAACAGCGGAUUGCAAGAGUUCGUUCCGCCUAUCUUCGAGGCUUAUGUCGGGAAUUACACGUCCGAAUGGGACUUGGUUGGCGCAAGAUUCCGAGAUGAAAUGCCUAUCUCUCCGUGGGACGCAAUGCGAUAUGCCUGGGAGGCAUGCGAGGCGCUUCUUCGCGACGAAAUCUCCGUGUCUUGGUUGAGAAGACCCGAAGGAAAUUCUCAGACUCGAUGGGACGUCGCGGUCGUCGACGGAGCCUUCCCCGAGUGCCUUCUAGGAGUUCUUCACGGCGAGGAUGUGCCCAUUAUCAUGCUGAAUACCGUGGCACUAUACAGCGGAUCCAUAAGUCGCCAAGGGAACCCAUCGCCAUGGUCCGUCACACCUUACUUUGGCAAAUCCCUGACCCAGGACAUGAACUUCUUUCAAAGGGUUCUAAACGUAGCCUGUCUCGUCACUUUGAGAAUAAUGCACUGGAUUAUGGUCAGCGGGUAUCUUCAACCGGUUCUGAGAAAGUACCUAGGGAACCAGUUACCAGACGUGCGAGAUCUGACCACGGAGAUUCCUCUGACGUUGCAGAACAGUCACUACAGCGUGGCAGAGUCGGUGCCGUAUUUAGCGAACGUGGUGAACGUCGCGUGUCUGCAUUGCAAGCCGGCGACAAAGCUUAGUCCCGACUUGGAGAGCUUCUUGCAACGCGGUUUCAUAUUCGUAUCUAUGGGUUCGUCGGUUCGAGCAUCAGGCAUGCCAGAGGCACUUCGUCAAAUUUUCGUGGCAGCCUUCGCCACGCUUCCGUACAACGUCGUGUGGAAAUGGGAAGGUACGAAGAUCAAAGAUCUGCCGUCGAACGUCAGAACGGCGGCAUGGUGGCCUCAGCAAGAGCUGUUAGGCCAUCCGAAGCUACAAGCGUUCGUCUCACACGGAGGACUUUUGUCUUUGCACGAGGCUGCUUAUCACGCCGCCCCAACCCUCGUUUUGCCUGUUUUCUGCGAUCACGAUGGAAACGCGGCUCAAGCUGAAAAACUGGGUUACGUUCUGGUGAUGGACUUGGCUAGGAUAUCCAUCGGAAGCUUUCGCGAUGGGAUUCUCAAGGUGGCUGGUGUACACAACAAUUCGUACCGAAUAGCAGCGAAGAAGAGAAGCUCGUUGCUACGGGAAUUGCCAAUUAACCCCAGAAAAUUGGCUACUUGGUGGGUAGAACACGUUGCCAAGUACAAAGGAGCUGAGCAUUUAAAAAGUUCUACAAGAUAUAUGAAUGUUAUUCACUAUUAUUCCAUCGACGUGGUAAUGUUUUACGCGAUAGCGUUAUUACUAUCGGUAUACGGACUGAAGAAAUUGUGUUGGAGAACUAUUUCCAAACAAAUUGUUAGGAAAAAAAUCGACUAGACUGUGAAUAGUAUCAAUUUCGUUUUCUGUGAAAUUAUCAUGUAUUUAUUUAAUAUGUUUAGUACCUUCCAAUAGCGUCUAUGGAUAUUUUAGCGAUUUUUGAUAUUGCCUAUAUAAAUAUCUUACAAUUAGAUUAAAAAUAUUUUCUUAAAAAUCUAAACAUUUCUACCCUUUUUAUUGUGCUUGAAUUAAUAUGUAAUAUAGUAAAAUAAGUUAUGUUUAGAUAAAAGAAGAAAUAAUUAAAAGUAAAAAUUAGUGAUUACUCAGAAAAUGAUAAUAUCGACGUAUAACAGGUUUCUACAUUAACUACUAUUGAUGUAGCGGGUCGAAAGUAUCUUUGAUUGAAAAAUCUCACGGAAUGAUGGAACGUAGUUUACAUUGCACAUGCAAACAAUUUGCAAAGUUUAUGGCUUAAACUAGAAGCGCGAAAAUAUAUUGAAACAAUCUUUUUGAAACUAUAUGCAAUUCAUAAAACUAUAAACAUACGGGUUGUUCGGCAAUUGCAUAAACGCGAACUUGUUUACAAACAUUCGCCUUCCGAACAGUGCCUGCAUAACUACUCUCCGAUGUAAAUAAGAGAAAUCAGAUAUAUAUCAUGAACAUUGAUAUAAA